AUGAACGAAGGUAUCAAGGACGUGGUCGUUGGGGUGCUUACCGGCUUCAAUCGCCUUUCCAAAAGUAUACAAGAGUCCGACGACGCCUCGCUUCGAACAUCACUCCCUCCGAAGAUCGACGAUGAGCUGGCUCGAUUCAAAGUCUGGGCCGGAAAUAGCGGCGCGCAUCGAAAUGGGCGAGCUUCUCUCGAGCACCGCCUUCGCGAAGCGUCUCAUGUUCGACAACAGGUCCUCAGGCUCCUGAGUGGCCUCAAGGAUUCUCUCGAAGACGCAGCAGACAUCAUGAACGGAAAAGCAACUCCGUGGGAGGAGAUGGAAGACGACGAAGAGCCCCUGGAUGAUCUUGAGAUGGAGACAGAAAUGGAGCAAAUUACGCUGGAUAUUACAGAGCUAGUCGACUGCCUCCUCCGUCUCAGCGUCUCUAUCCAGAACCCGGCACCUCAUGAUCGCUUCAUGUCUUCCACUUUUACAGACGCAUCCGCGUAUGAAGACUUCGAUAUUCAACACGUUCAAGCCAAGUUCCAAGACAUUGACGAAGGCCUUGCACAGCGUCUGGGCAAAGCCAUGUCUCGAAGGCGCCAGUACUUCAAGUACAGGGAGGCCCAUCAUCAGAAGCUUUCACACGAUGACUUGGCAAAAGCCAAAGUUCCACAUGCCAAGAUUCCGGAGGGAUUCGAUUCGGGCAAGAAUGUAGAAGCACUGUUCUCUACUUCCGAGAAAAACGCAGCAAUAUACAGGACUUCCUCGGACGUCGAGUCUUCUCACUCCAUUGAGUUCUCGGGCGACAUUCCCGCCGAGGAUGGCCACGCAUUCAACUCUGUGGGACGCGGUACAGACAUCGACACCAGCCUGCAGAAAGCAAAUAUCGUCCGUGACUUAGCGGGACAGAAUGGAAGAGAAGCAGAGGAAGAUGAAAAUAUCGAGAACGUUACGUCGUACGAGAGCUCUCACGACGCCCAAGCCAUCGACGAUUUCGAGCCGAAGCAGAUCAAGCCCGCCGCUCGAAGAUCCCCCAACCAGUCAGCGCUUGGAAUCAUGAGUCCUUCGUCUCUUUUCGACAAGAAGUCGACCGCUUUUGGCGCAGAUGUCUUGGACUACUUUGUGUCAUCGGAACGGCGAUCACAGGAACACGGUCAAGCUCUGGAGCGGAACCGUCCAAGUUCGGCCAUGGGGAUUAUCACAACAUCCCAGUCUUUGUCUGCCUCUGCGUCGUACGAGGAGCCGUCCUGGAAAGACUUUAGAGAGAAGAGUGAUUUCCCCACCAACGAUGAGAAACAAUUCAACUCUGUAAUACCGAGCUUGCAGAGACAACACUCCUUUGACAGUGAUAAAGGGAAAAGACUAGCUCAAGAGACAUUGAGAAGGGCGAGCGACGACUCGUCUGGCAUCGACAUUGGUACUUCAAGGGGAUUCACAGAAGACCGUUUGAAUUCUCUCAGCAUCGAUGCUGGCCCUGGUAACAAGCGUCGAGCAUCCUCUCCGCCGGACGCAGACAAUGUCCUUGACUCCGCGUCCCUCAAAUCGGAGCCUGUAACGAGCGAAACCAAAGCUGGAAGCUCUCAAGUCCCAUCAGCAGAGGCAUUGGGAGAAGACACAGAGGCAGACGACAAACGCACAAAAGCAAAGGUGCUCUACGAUUUCAUUGGAAAGACACCGAACGAGCUCACGGUGGAAAGCAACGAUCUUGUCGACAUCCUGCAUCAGGGUGACAAAGGUUGGUCAUUGGCGAUGAACGACAAGAAGCCGGGGCCUGCCUGGAUACCUACUGCUUACGUCGAAGAGCAGACGGCUGCUACAAAUGAACAAUCUUCCGAUGAAAGCAAUCACGCAGAAGAGAUUCCAGAAGCCCAAGAGAAGCCAGAAAGACAGAGUCGUUCAGGCCUCGAGCGCCCGUCGAGUCAGCGCGUGGGCCCAUAUGGAGAGACGCAUUGA